CGGGAGAAAAUGGUAACUAAAUAAACAAAUUAAAUACCGCUGCGGCCCAUUAUUUUUCUUAUUGACUAUGGAAUCACCUAUGCCAGCAAGGUAGCCUCAAUUUGGCUAAUAUUAAGGAGGGAUGCCAUGGCGUCUUUUGUGUGUUUAUUAUAGUUGCAGUGAAUUAGGGUUUAGGUUAGGUUGAGGGAUUGAUUUAGGGUUCAGGUUAGGCAUAUACUUAUACUUAUACACUAUAUAAUAUAUAAUAUACAUAUAGUUAUAGGGAUCGAGUUAGGGUUAGCCGCAUAGGCAUAGGGAUCGAUUUAGAGUUCAGGAUAGCGGAUAGGCAUAGGGAUCGAUUUAGGGAUACAUUCGUGAAAUUCGAUAAAAAUGUGGCAUUCGUCCUUAAAAUUUACCCUAAAUUUAAAUAAUGCUAUGAUAGUAUUGAUAGCUAUGUUAUUAUAAAUUUUACUAAAUUUGCCACAAAUGGAAAUUCAAUCUUACUAAUUCUUUGUCUACUCAGACUACUCUGACACUGUACUGUACUCUUCAUUUAAAAUUUUUUUUUUUUAAAAAUGGGGUGGAUGAUAUUAAGAUUAAGAGUAAGAGGCUGUGUUAAAGUUAUUCUUCUUCACAUAGGGAUCACCUGGCUCUCUCCAGUGUUAAAGGCCCUGACAAGCAUAGCUUAUGCCCUAUGCCAUAGGCCUUGUGCCAUGGACUUGGACUGGCAUAGCCAUAGUCUAUAGGCCUAUAAUUCAAUGUUCCCUUUAAGCUGCGCGGCCGCACAGCAAUCUCACAGUUUUGAGUACCGAGCAGCUAAUUUCCACUUAGCGUGUAUUUGUGUCUGUAGGCUGAAAAUUUUGCACACAAAAAAAUUGAUGCUGUAAAAAUUUGCACACGAACCAACAAACCUUAGAGGGAACAUUGCUAUCAUUGAUAUUAAUAUACUAUUUUAAAUUUAAUGCCAUUCAUGUAUGAAUCAGGUUAAAAGUAAAAGCCUAAAGCCAUAUCUUGGGGUGAGGCUAGAGGUAGGAGGGUUGGAGGAGAGUGACUGCAGGGGUCUGCUGUCACAGAGUUGUGACUUGAAGGGAGGGGAGGGUGUGGUGGCAAGGGGGAGAGUGGAAAUCUUGCUCUUGAUGAAUCCUUUACUGUUUUAAAUAAAGGUUAUGUCAUUGUGGACGUUUGCUGUAUCAAGAGCUAUAACAGUUUAUUUUAAAAUGCCAUAUGUUAGGCCUAUACUUAUACUAUGUAUAAUAUUUUGUUCUCUUCUGAACCAUAAUUGAAUUUUACACUUGAUGAAACAAAAGUAGAUCUAUAACUAUAACAAAGAAAAGCUUGCUUUUGUCAUCAUUUUAAAAUUUAAAGUGAGAAUGUACAUGCAUCUUGUGAAAACCUGUCACUGGACUUAAGAACCAUAUAAGCUUUGUUCAUGGCAAUGUGUAAAAAUGAUGACAAUCAUUUACUUAAAAUAUUACCCAUGUAUGUUCUUUGUUUUAAAGUGACAUGAGUUUUAUUUAUACUAAAUGUUACUAUGUCUUUCAUUUUCAGAUCUCUUUCUGACAUCAGCUGUAUUCUUGAGUUUGCCAAAUUGGAUGCAGCUGACCUUAAACCAUGUGUUCAAUGCUUAUAUUUCUCUGAGCAUCUGGAAAAUGACAUGUUCAAGCUAAUAGAACUUGAUGAACCUGUUCUUGAAGCACUUCAACAUGGAAACAAGUGUGUGCAGGAAAUAUUUGACAUGGAUUUGUCCAAAUAAUUAUUAUGUAUUUAAAUGUACUGAUUAUGUAUUACAUUAUAUUAACCUGUUGUCUUAAAAAAUUAUAUACAUAAUUUGCAUUUAUUUAAAAUACUAAGAUAUUUAUUAAAUAAUGUAAUUUUUAAGACAAAUUUCAGUAAAUCAAAAAGAACAGCAAUUUUUCAAAAGGGCUAGCAAUAAUUUAAAGUUUUGAAAAAGUCAGAAUAAAAUAUUUAUUUCUCCCACUGUAAUGGUAAUCUCAUGAAGGUACAUAAUUUAACAUUGAAAUUAAAUAGUACUUAUCCCUAUUGGCUUCUUUUGACAUAGUUAGACAUAUGUAAUAAAUGCUAAGGAAGCCAAGAGUAAGACAUUUUUGGAAAAAUGUGACCUUAUCACUUUUGAAAAAUAAUGCUCUUCAUUCAUAAGUAUGUAAAUGGAGAUAACCACUUGUAUUUUCAAAAUCUACAGAGUUGAAAUACGAGGAGACCCCAGUGAAGGUGCAGUUUUAGUAACAGAUAGCCUGACAUAUGACCUUAAGGAAGCUGAAACGUCUAAUUCCAUGCUUUUACUCUCACAAUUGACUUUUGGUGCUGAACUGCAAAAAGUUGCAGACAGAGAGAUAGCAAACAAACAGGUUUAACAUAUAUCCAUUCCUUAGUAGUAAAUAUUAUUAACAUUUUUAUAAGGAUGUAUUAUUAAAAAAAAUUUAAAAAAUCGCUUAAUCUAAAAAGCAAUAAAGGGGCAUCCAUGACAUUGUACUAUUUUGGCAGAUUUUUUUGUUUUUCCCCUCCACCUAUCAUAACAAACUUGUCACAAAAUUUAUACAUGCAGCCCCAUAAUUCCUCAUUACCAGUACUAAUUUGUGACCCACCCUCUCCCCUAAGAUACAUAACAUCAUUUAUGGAUGGCCACCUAACCAUAGUUUAUCAGUUUCAUAAGAAUCUUUAAACAAUUUAAACAAGUACAUAAUUUGUAAUAAAUUAUAAUAAAUGCGAAAUUUGUUUCACUCUGUAUCUUUUAAAACUUUCUGGAAAAAUAAAUCAAAAUACCAACGAAUGUAGGUGCAUUGAAUUUAUUUACCUUUAUUAGUGGAAUAGGCUCAGAACAGAUUGGUAGUUCACCAAUUAGUCACUGCCUCCCCACUCUUAAAUUUAAGGAAACAAUUAUCAUCUGUAUAAUUGCUGAGUGCCUCUGAUAUCUUGAUAGGUAUCUAAAUCUAAGCAAUUAAAUGGCUUAAACUUAAUUUUUUAUUUGUUAAUGUUAUUAUGAAACAUCAGAUUUUGACUUUAUUUCAAUUGCUUUUCUUCCUGCUUCUGGGGCCAGGAUUGUCUUUUGUAAUAAGCCUAUCUUGACUCACACUUUAUGAAACAUAAUGCUUUCAAAAUGCAACUAUAAUUUAAUUGAUUUAUAACAUUUUGUGAGCUCGCAAAUUUUCUAGAUUUUUACAUUGUGAGAAUGCAAAUCAGUUUUCAUUAACCAUGAAAGGUAAAGCAUUAAUUGAUAUGCAUAUUGUGAUCAUUUGCUAACUUUUAACAGGUGACAUCAGUAGUCCACAAUUAUUAUGAAAUUCGCCCUAUUAAACCUAGACUGAAAAAAUUACACAUGUUGCUGAUGAAUAACCCUUAUCGAGGUCCUGAAUGUGAAGGGGAUGAACUGGACACUGGAAAAAAUGUGAGUAUUGAUCACAAAAAAGGAAACAGUAUGUCAAUUGUUGUUACAUGUCUUUUACUGUUACAAAAUAAAGGAUAAUAAAUUACCUCUAUUUUACAAUUUUUCAUAAUUUAGCACAAUAGGCUGAAUAUUUCAAAAGUUGACUUUUGUGUUUAAUGCUAAAUAUACUUUUAGCAGACCUAAGACUUCUGUUUUUUAAUUAUGUAUGAACAUUUUUUGUGUUCCAUAUUUUUUUUUUUUAAUUUCAAAUAAUAAUCCAUUCUUUGUAUUGCAGGACUACAUGGUACUAUCAAAAUGAUAUUAAGAUAAUUUUGUGGCUAUAUUCCAAGCUUUAAACAGUUAAACUUUAGUCAGGAAAAAGCGUCAUAUUUUGAAUCUAUUGUCAACUCCUAAAGAGUAAAGUUUUCUUCUUAGAAACAGCUAAUUGACUCAGACUGGCAUUUUAGGAUUAACAUAACAGAAGGAAUAUUGCCCUAUACUUAAAUGUUAUUGGAUUUUUCUCAGAUUGAAAAUAAAUAAAUUUUGAAAAAAUGUCCACUAGUCUAUCUCAUACUUUUAUUGCAGUACACUUUUAGAGAAUUGCAAAGCUGUAUUCAAGCAAGUGACAAGGAACUAAGAGCAGGACUUCUAAAGAUGAAUGCAUGUGAUAUUAAAGGUACUAGAUAGUAAAAGAUAAUGUUUGUAUUAGUUUGUAUGUAAUUUAUAUUUGUAUGUGAUUAUGCUACUUAUCUAUUAUGAUAUUUUAAUAAUUUAUAGUUAAAAAUGUAAAUCUCACUCACCUCCUUCUACCAUGACAUGUGUUUACAGGAAAGUGGCGUCUCCUAGAUUUUGAAUUUUCUGGCAGUGUCAUAUAUCAUAUAAUACAACUGUGUGAGGAGCGCAAUUGGCUUUCUGAGGGAGUGAAUAUGGAGGAAUGUUGUCAAGUUUUAGGGGAACUUUUUCCCAGGUAUGCAGUGUGUUACAGUAAAUUAUCAUUGUGAAUUAUUCCAGCCAAGGUUAAACUACAUUAAGAAAAAGAACUAUGACAAAUUUGUAAUUUAUUACGGUACUGUUUUAAUGUUGUAGGAGUUAGAAUAAUUGAUUAACUCUUUCUCUCUGGAUCAACGCUCCCAUCAUCUAUUUUAAAUGAUGUUUUCUGCAGACAGUUAUUUUAUGAUUUUGAAUGCAGAACUGAUUAUGAUGAAUUGUAUAAUUAUAAUACUAGUGCUAGUAUUAGUAGUACUAAUAACAGCACUAUAAUGUAGAUUCUAAAAGGAAAGCUGCUGAUCUUAGCACUAAAACUGAGUGCAAUUUCAGAUUUUUACCUUUGAAAAAUGUCGUGUAAAUUUGGAUCUUGUAUUGUGAUAAGUAAGUCAAAUGACCUUGACUGUAUUUUUUUCUUUGGUAGACAGAUAUUAUUCACAAGCUUGUACUCUCAGCUCAGUAAAUGAGUAUGCUUCCUACAGAAUUAAAAUCAACACUCCAACAUGCAAGAGAUCUAUUUUUAGAGACUGGAAACCUGUCAAUAAUUAUGAGACCUACAAAUUCCUAGCAGUAACAACAAUAAUGUGGAUGAACUCUCAUCCAUUUGUUCUUGACUUUUGGUCAAUGGGAUGCAUACAACUUGGUGUGUCACAAUGUUACAGAGAGAACAAUUCUCUACAUGCUACAAGAAAUACGUGUAAAAUGUAGCAUUUUAAAAGCUUAGAAGAUUAGAGAAAAUCUAGAUAAAUAACCCUCAGAAAUUCAACAACUUGCGGACAGAUAAACAGAAUAUGCUGCGACCAUUUUUCCAGAGGGGGGAAAAUUUGGAAGCUCCAGGCCAUGGACAUCUCUGUGCCAUUGAGAGACGUAUCGGAGCAAAACAUGUGCCUAUUAGCUCAAAAAAGGACAGUGUGCAAAUACUUUAGAACAGGGCGAACUGUACCGGUAUACGUUUGUGCUGGAUGUGAGUCAAAUCCGCACAUCUAUGUGAAUCGUUUUCAGGCUUACCAUAGUUAAACACAGAUGAAAAGAUAUGAUAAAUUUAUGGUAAAUUUUCCAUUUACCAUAAUAAAUGUUAAAACAAACAAGGAUACAGUGCAAAUAUUUUCUAAUAGCAACAGAUUUUUUCCAGUGGAAAUAUGUUUUUUUCUGACUUUUGUGUGGCUGUGACAAUGGAUUAUGCUCUGGUGUUUCAUUUUUUCAUAUAUUUUUUUUUAAUGUGAUAUUUAUUAUUUGUGAUGCACAUAUGGAUAUAGCUCAGAAAAACAACUUUUUGUUACACUUUGGAUUAUCUUUGUGUGAAUUGGAAUGAAUGUUUUGUGAACAUUUGGUGAGUUUUUUAUUAAUGUUUUUUAUUUUCCUUCAAUCAUAAUCACAUUUAUAUAUAUUAAAAUUUAAACCUAAGUCUUUAUUGUCUGUAAAGACCAUGCAUUCCCUUUUAAUUCCAUACCAAACUUUACAUUUUCUGAUGAAAAACAAAAACAUUAUGAUGGUUUAGAGAUAGCAUUGUAGUGCGUAACAAAUAUGCAAAAUAGAUCAUUCCUUCAGAACGUGGAAGUUAAUUCCGGAGAGAAAGAGUUAACUAUAAUUUUAAUGCCACAUUAUUUGUUACAAUUGAGGUAAUGAACUGUAUAUAUUAUUUUGAAAAAUAAAUGCUAUUUCCAUUUUUUUCUAUUUUAUUAAUUUUAAAGAGUUCUCUGAAUUGUAUUAGAAGGUUAAAUGAAAGUCAUUUAAAUGCCAGAGAGAGUCAAGAGAUUGAAAAUGUGACACUGAAAUUUGUGUUAAAAAAAAAAAUCUUGAAUAAUUUAACACAGGGAAGUUAUUGAACAUCUAGUCCAGUGCUAUUCCAGAGAGGAUGAUGCUUCAGCAGAGACAGGAGAAUCAAGUAAGUCAUUUGUCUAGCUAACAUUUAGUUCCAUUGUAUGAGGUGCAUACAUAUUUUUGUAAAACAGCUUAUCUUGCCCAUGGAGUACACCCACAUUUUUUUCAAUUCCGGUUGGUUCCAAAAUCAUGUUUUUGUUUCUAAACUUUGAUACUAGUAAGCUGAGUAGGGCUAAUUAAAACAGACCCAAUAAAUAAAAAAAAUAGGAUACUUUAAAUCUGAAUAAUUUCUUUCCUUUCAAUGCAUGGUACCGUCCAGCCAAUCCAUGUUUACAUAGCCCAGGGGUCGGAAACCUUUUCAUGGCAAAGAGCCAAAUAUUAAAUUAUGGUCUAGUAACUAUAAGUAUCAAGGAGCUACAGGAAAAAUUUAAAGAGCUACUUGCGAGUUACAGGUUACCGACCCAGGACAUAGCAUGUGUCAUAUAGCAUAUGUGGUGGCUGCAACCAAUGAAAUGGAAACAACCUACUUGCUUUUUCUCUGUAAAAAAAAAAUGUACCUAACCGGUAAUACUCCAUAUCUGAACCAUUUGUACUCCUUACCUGAACAGUAUUGCUCAACAAUUUUUCAGCUUUUUCAAAAUGCAUAAACAGUCAGCAGCUUUUAACAAAUGUCAAACCCACAUGAAACAAGGCAAAAAUUGUCUGAAAAAAAUUGCUCCUCACCUAUAAAUUAUACAUAAUUAAUUUAAAACUUACCUCUGUAAUUCUUAAAGCAUCAUUGAGAAUCACAACCCUAAAGUCUGUAGAUAUUUCAUCUAUGUAUUUAAAAUAUACAUAACUGCACCAUAACAUUUUUUAAAAUAAAAGACAACCCCAUAUUUUCAAUUUUUUAGGAAGAAUUUACUUUUUAAGUGAGGAUAAGAUUUGCAAACAUUUUGCUGAGCUCUGUCUAAGGAAUUCAGGAAAGGUAAAUAUUAAUAGCACUGGACUAAAAAUACAUGAUAUUUUCACUGUUGUAUGUUAAAUCUGCAGAUCUAUUGAAAUAUUUUAGAAGAAUUAAAUUUUGCUCUAAAGCCACAAAAUAGAUUUUAUGUCAUCUCUAACCUGUUGAAAUUUUUUUUUUACAUUUACAUAGUUCAACCUUAAUGAUUUUCUAAGAGCAUGGCAGGAGAGCGUACCAGAGGGAAUGAAGACAUCUAUAUCACAGUUGGAGGUAAUUUAACUUAAUUUUAGUUGUUUCUUUUCCAGUCACUGCUCAGCAAAUUACAGAUUUGUUUAAAUGAUUUCUUUUAUAAACUUUAUUCAUAUUUCAACAUUUUUAAUAAUACUAGACUUGUAAAAAUACAAAUUUUCAAAGAUUUUAUACUAUCAUUGAUAUUAUCAAAGUGGCAUAAUAUCAAUAAAAUUGAGAAUUUCAGCAUUAUGUAGAUUUUUUAUUGUUAAAUUUUGAAGGAUACCAAUUUUAAUUUUUUUUUUUUAAAGAUUUAAGAUCUCCUCUUAAUUGUGGAUGAAGUGCAGUAUAAUCAUUUAAAUCUUUAUAACUUUGCCUUUUCAAUCCUUGCUCAAUACAUAGGAGAAAAAAAUCCUUAGGAAUAUAUAUGACCCAGUGAUAGACAAUGAUGUUUGGAUAAUCCGUACAAACUAAGAGCUAUAUCAAUUGUAUGUAGACCCACCCAGGGUUGCAAUAAUAAAAAGGGCAGACUGUGCUGGACAGGACAUAUUGAAAGGAUGCCGGAUUGUAGAACAGCAAAAGUGAUUCACAGGCAGAAACCUAGAGGCAGACCGCUCACCGGUCCACCAAGACUGAGAUAGAUUGACAAUUUAGAGGACUUAUACCAGUUGGGGGUUUGUGCAUGGAGGCGGAAAGUCGUGGAACAAUCUGAAUGGAAGUAUGUGGUGGAGCAGGCCAGGACACUACAUGGGCUGUAGCGCCACUGAUGAUGAUGAUAAUGACUUCUCAAUCCUUGUUGAUUUUAUUGUAAUUUAAACCUCCAUGUUUUUAAUUAUUUAUUUUAACAAAAGUGUCAUACCUAACUAAAUUUAUUUUGAUUUUCCCAAGGGUAUGGCAUUAAUGGACAAAGAUUCUAAUCCACCUGUUAUCUGGUUUUAUAAUGUGGAUGAGUUGCCCGAAGAAAUUUCAGAAAGGUAUUUUUUCAACAUUAGUCCUUUUCCUCUUUUAUAAAAAAAAAGCUCAUAAAACUUUUUCUUUAUUAAAUUAAUUAUUACUUCUCUUAAUUAACAUUUAAUAUUUUAGUUAAAGCAAAUGAUAAAUAAUUGCUUUAUCAUUCUGAAAAAAAAAAACAAGUUUUCAGUGUCCUUAAAAAGUUGAGUCUCUUUGUUUUGAUCAUCAGGUUAUAAUAAGUCCAGAUAAUCAAGUUUCUACCAUGCUUGUAUUGCUAAUUCCAUCAAUUUCAUAAAAUAAAGACAAUUAAUGCUGAAUUCAAUUAGACAAAAUAAUAACUUUUCUUUUGCAUUUUGUUUUUUUUUGUUUUUUUUUUUAUUUCACUGUAGCAUAAAUUAUUAUUUUGAGCAUUAAUAAUAUGAGUUAACAGCAUAAAAAAUAUUUGGAGAAUUUUAAUUACUAGAUUUGAGGCUCUCUUUGAAGAGAAAAAGAAAUGGUCUUUAGAUGAAAUUACACCAUAUGUCAAGUAAGUACUCACACAUGUCAAUUAAUUUACUUCUAAACAAAUAUGAAAUAUCAUAUCUUAGAGUUAAAACUAAAAUACUAAAAUUACAUAAUUAAGUUACAGGAGUCAGAAGCAGGAACAUCAUUUCAGUUUAGGAGGGUGUCCCAAAAACCAAAACUAAUUGGUUAAUAAAUUCUUACAGCACAGUCAGGGACUUCUUACUAUCACCAUUGAUGUCAGAUCAAAUGCUAAGUGCAGUAUUUUAAACAGAAUUUUAAAAUUAAUUUUUUCAGAGAUUUAACAGAUGAUAAAACAGAUGUAGGAGCUCUUCUCACAAAAUUCGCCAGAGCUUCUUUACAACAAGGCAUAAAAAUGUUUAGCUCAAGAAAAACUAGCUAGUUAAUUUUUAAUUUAUCUGAUAAGAUAUUAAGCCCAGCUUAUUAUUUGAAUUUAAAAUCUCAUAAAUAUGUGAAUGUAUGAUUUGCUUAAAAUAAUAUAACAAUAUUAUUUGAUCAUGAUA